GAGGAUAGUACCACUAACAAAGGUACAGGUAAACACUAUCGUAACCCCCCAUCUCGUACAUAUCAACGGGCGCUGGUCAGGCGAACCUACAGUAAAGAUGGAGGAGAAAUGUGGACAGAGGCGGACAGUCGUCAUAGCAAUAGAUUCCAGUCCCAACGCAAAGAAAGCAUUCCAAUGGUAUGUGGAUAACUUGCACCGCCCCGGAGAUCACGCGGUGUUGGUGACGGUAGUACACAUCAGGGAUGCCUUUACGUCAGCGCAGUGGUGCAGCCUGAUUGGUUUCUAUGACGCUGACGUCACAGCCAGGAAUAUCGAGAAACAAAGACAGGAACUAAAUCGUCAGUUACAAGAACUGGCGGUAAUGAUGAAAGACGCUAAGGUCCAUGGAACCAUAAAAUGCGUCCAUGCUGCACGUGCAUCGAAAGGAAUUCUUGCUGCGGCAGAGGACUGCAACGCCAGCUGCAUUAUAGCCGGGUCGAGAGGACUAGGGAUCUUCCAGGAAGCGAGUCUUGGCAGCACCAGUGAACAACUUGUACAUACCAGUAAUAUCACUGUGGUUGUAUGUCCAGACUGAUCUCAUCACGGUGUUACUACUUCUACAGUAGUAACUAUUCGUAUUCUUGUUCAAUUAUCUGCAUGGGAAUCAAUACACGUAUAACUGCUAUGUGUUACAGGUAAACAAGGAUAAGCUGUAGGUGGGCUCUGAUCGGCGUGACAAAAAAGAGGUCUAGAGCUGUAGAUCUUAGACAGAUGUAAAUGUGUAUGGUGUGAAUAUUAAAUGUCUUGUCUGCAAAGCAUGUGACCGUGACGGCAUUCCGAUGAAGUUCACGUCAGACGAAGUUUUAUCAAAUUUUAUACUUGAAUUAUUUACUUUUAAUGGGAAAAUGAAAAUGUUGAGGUCAAUAAUGUUUGGAGAUUUAUUACAGGUAUAAGGGUAUAAGAUUGUUGUUGCACAAUAAAUGGUUUCCAUAUUAGUAAGCAAACAUAAAAACGUGAAAAAAAUACAAAAAAAAGAAAAGUUGGCC